AUGGUUUUGGUACCGAUUUAUCGCAUAGUCACGACGGCCUACGACGAGGCUUGGGACCUUCGCCUGGCUCGAAUGGGCAUUGGCCCAAUCAACGUGACCAGCCGAUUUCCCUCUUCCGGUCAGCCACCUUCUCUCUCCACCUUCAGGAGUGUUGAAGGCACGGAGCUGGCCUGCAAGAAUUGGACCGCCGAUAUGAGCAUUCGGUCUACGAAGAGCCUGCAGGGCAAAGAAGCGCGGAUAGAGGAACGAGCAGAGAAAUCUGAGAGGAUGGGAGAAGAGUGGAAUGAGGCAAAAAUGUGUCAGGCUGAAGCGGAGAUGGACCAUGAAGAAGAGGUGCGAAACCAGACCGAAAUAGGCAUGAAGGCGUCUCCGUCGCCGACGGAUAGAUCAGACGAGGUCGAGACGAAGAGGACGAAGGAGACAGAGACGAGCCUUAAGGUACCAAAAGAGACGGAUCAUGGCGAAGACGAGAAAUGGAAAGUCGAGGAGACAGAGAACGAUACAGUUGAAAAGACCAUUUCCCGACUUGACGACCGAGUUCCACCCGAUGGGGCAGCUGUCUACGACGACUCCUCGCCACCACAACCGCCCACUCCGAUGGAACGACUGCCCAUUAUGCCCUCCGUCGCCUGCCGAAGGGUGAGAUCUUCCUCUUUCGAUCUGCCGUUGCUAACCAGCCGACUAAAUAGGGAGAUGGACUUUGUAAUUUCUGAUCCUGAAGUGCCUCCCAGUCAACUGACCCCCAACUCCCUAAGGCCAGAUAAGCCUCUUCGUCAACCAGAUCAGCACAGUUGCUAUGGG